GAAAUUGAUAAGUGAUAAGGUUAAGGUUAUGUAGUCAAAGAUGUCGAUGUGUCGUUGUUGUUUGUUGUUUCUUUAAAAUUUUAAAAUAAUAUAAUUAACCCUCUGUGAGGCAAGACAAGACUAUAAUGGACAUUAAAGCAGAAAUUAAGAAAGAACCUGACGAAUAUGACAAUGAACUUAGUAGUGAAGUCAUACGAUAUGUGCAAAGUGAGUUAUCCACAGAAGUAGAUAUAAAAGAUGUUAAAAAGGAAACACAAGAAGAUGAUUCAGGUUUCCCCCAAAUCAACGAUCAAAUGGAAACUAAAAAAACAUCACUUACACAUUCAUACCAUAAAGAACAACAAAUACAUGCGGAAGAAACCAUAUUAAACAAAAGUGUAAAAGUUCAGAUAGAACAAAAACCUUAUAAGUGUAAAAUUUGUCUUGUCCAGUUUCCUCGGCAAAGCAGUUUGAUAAAGCAUAAGAAGAUACACACUGGAGAAAAGCAUUACAAGUGUGAAAUUUGUUUCAAGACAUUUACUAAAGCAGAUAAUUUGAAGGUUCAUUUGAGAACACAUACAAGGGAAACACCUCACAAGUGUGAAAUUUGUUUUAAUCAGUUUAGUCAAGCAAGUAAUUUGAAAGUACAUUUGAGAGUGCACACUGGGGAAAAACCUUACAAGUGUAAAAUUUGCUCUAAGACAUUUACUACAGCAGGUUUCCCCAAAAUCAACAUUCAAACGGAACCCAAAAAAUUAUCACCAACACAUUCAUACCAUAAUAAAGACCAACAAAUACAUGCGGAAGAAACCAUAUUAAACAAAAGUGUAAAGGUUCAGAUUGGACAAGAACCUCAUAAGUGUGAAAUUUGUUUUAAGCAAUUUAGUGGAGCAGGUAAUUUGAAAAGACAUUUGAGAGUGCACACUGAGGAAAAACCUCACAAGUGUGAAAUUUGUUUUAAGCAGUUUGUUGCAGCAAGUCAUUUAAAAGUACAUAUGAGAAUACAUACUGGAGAAAAACCAUUCAAAUGUAAAAUUUGUUUUAAGAAGUUUAUUACAGCAGGUCAUUUGAAUUUACAUUUGAGAGUGCACACUGAGGAAAAACCUUACAAGUGUGAAAUUUGCUUUAAGACAUUUACUGCAGAAAAUAAUUUGAAGAUUCAUUUGAGAACACAUACAGGGGAAAAACCUUACAAGUGUGAAAUUUGUCUUGCACAGUUUUCUCAGCAAAGCAGUUUGAUAAAUCAUAAUAAAGUGCAUACCGGGGAAAAACCUUACAAGUGUGAAAUCUGUCUUGUACAGUUUUCUCAGCAAGGCAGUUUGAUAAAUCAUAAUACAGUACAUACUGGGGAAAAACCUUACAAGUGUGAAAUUUGUUUUAAGACAUUUACUAGAGCAGAUAGUUUGAAAAUACAUUUGCAAAUACAUACUGGGGAAAAACCUUAUAAGUGUGAAAUUUGUUUGAAGCAAUUUACCAAAGCAAGUAGUUCGAAACGACAUUUGAGAGUGCACACAGGGGAAAAACCUUACAAGUGUGAAAUUUGCUUUAAGGCAUUUACUGCAGGAAGUAGUUUGAAGAUUCAUUUGCGAAAACAUACUAGCAGUGGCGCGCCGUGACUAGAAAUUGCAUCCAGCUGGAUCCAGUGUUUUUUUACAUAUAUACUCUAACAUACUGUUUACAUUAUUCUAACAUAUAUGUUACUAGUAUAUACUACCUAUGUUAGAGUAAUGAUUAGUAAAUGGCAUGACAAAAGAAAUGUGUUAUAUAUCUAUUGAAUUUCCAAAUACUUUGACUGGGAUGUUGACUGUUGUCAACCAUUACCAAUAUUGAAAUCCCAGAUAACAAUAUAAACUUGUUUGAAGCUUGCAACAAGUUUGAUACAUCAAACUUGAAGGCUUGCUGCAAGUUUAAAUCAAACUUUCUAGUUACAGUGUGACAAACUCGCAUGAAGUUUGUUCUACUGAAUUUCCAAAUAUUUUGACUCGACAUACAACCAGGAGAGGAUGGGAUGUCGACGGUGUUGUCAACCAUUACCAAUAUUGAAAUCCCAGAUAACAAUAUACACUUGUUUGAAACUUGCAACAAGUUUGAUACAUCAAACUUGAAGGCUUGCUGCAAGUUUAUAUCAAACUUUCUAGUUACAGUGUGACAAACUCGCAUGAAGUUUAUUUUUUCAAACCUGAUACAAACUUUAUAAUAUAACACACUUGCUAAAGGUUUGUUUUGUUUUGUUGCAUGAAGUUUGUUUUUUCAAAGUUCAUACAAGCUUGAUUAAGGUUUGUUUUGACAUAUUAACCUCAAUUUGAAUAAAACAACAUGAAUAAAAAAUACAAUACCAUUGUAUAUAAUACUAUUUAUUAAUCACUCAACUAAAAUAGUGAUCAAACAAAUAUGCAAAGGGAUAUGUUCAGUAAAACUUGGAAAGAAUUAAAAGACAGACAAAAUAAAGGCGAAAAAGACAUUGCCAUAAAAUACAGAAAUGGUGUACCAAAAAUUGGAUCAUUCAAGAAAGAAGGAAAAAACUAAUCUCAUCCCCAUUACAAGUUUAUUGUCAGAACGUCGGAGGACUUCGUACAAAAAUUCAAGAUCUGAUUAGUUCUAUUUUAUGUUCUGAUUAUGACAUUUUUAUAUUUGUUGAAA